AUGGACUCCAAGAGCCUCGCGGAGCAAGAAAAGGAUAUCAAGGAUCUACUGCGUCGCGCAGAACGCACUCCGGUCAAGACAUCUGCUCUGCGCAAGGAUACCCUCAAACGUCUCAUUGACCUUGCGCACUCUCCCCACCCCUCGCUGAAGGUCAUCGCCGCCACCAAUGUAAAGCUCUUCAUCAGAGACUUCCCGGAACUCGAAGACGACGCGAUCAACGCCGUCUACGACCUUUGUGAAGACCCGGUCUCAAGUGUUCGCAUCAAAGGAUACGCUGCCAUAGUCGAUGUGUCCCGGGAGCAGCAGAAAUGGGUGAAAAGGAAUGCGGACGUAUUGGUGCAACUUCUACAAAGUGAUGAGCCAGAAGAAGUCACGUUCGUCAAGCGUGCUUUAACGCAGCAUCUUGACAUGGAUCCUACUAUCACGCUUGGCGUAAUUUGCGACCAGAUCGUACCACCGGACGAGCCACUGGACGAGGAAGAGCAAGCGAUACGGGACAGGCUGCGGUCGCUUGUUCUAGCGUUCUUAGCUGGCGAAGCGAAGCGAUCGCUUGUUGAACGUCAUGCGAGCACUGCCGGUAGUCCUGCAGAACAAGUCCUUGUAAACAGCCUGUUCAAGGCCAUCAUAAAGCUGCCCCCCGGUGAACUGGACGUGAUCGUCAAGGACAUCAUGGCGUCUCUUCCCUCGUUCAAGCCGCCCUCCUCCCGCGGGAAAGAACUGCUGGAUCUCCUGCUAGGGCAAGCUCGCGCUAUGCUUAAGUCCGACCUUCCAUCUGGUGGCGAGAGCGGCUCACUCCACAACGUGCGCUACUACUUGGACUUGGCUUCUUUCAUCACUAUCGAGAACCGGCUAUCCACCCCUUCGCACCUGCUCCGUUUCUAUUAUUCAAACCUCACGCCAAAGCUUGUACUUGGUCGUCUUGCAGAAGACGAUCAAGCCUAUGUCAUCCGGAGGGUCGCGGAAACCUUUGCUGUCUAUGAUGAGAUGGGGCAGGUCGGGAACGGCCCGGACUUUGUAGACGAUGGGGCUCUGCGGAAACAGUUCCUUGAUAUCUGCUCAGUGUUGUUGCAGGUGUUCGCCGAUAUGGAAUCGGAGGACGAGAGGCCAUGGGCAGCCUGCCAUACUCUACUUCAGGGGAUCGUUCGCGUAAGGUCACCCCUCAUCUGGAGAUGA